AUGAAUAUGGACAUGGAUAUGUCAUCCAGCGCUGCGAACACAUCUCUAUCCCAUACUCCCUGUAAGAUGUCCAUGCUCCUCAACUUCCACACCACAUCAACCUGCUACCUCCACCCCUCCCUCCAAGUCCACACCUCCAUUCAAUUCCUCCUCGUCUGUCUCUUUUCCUUCCUCCUCCCUAUACUCCUCGAAACAACCCGUCGUUACCAACGUACCUGCGAUCGGUAUCUGCGUUCCAAGAACGCACAUCGUGCACAGCAGAAGUCCCUUGAAACAGCAGAUGAAGACGGAGAGGACAAGCUUCUCCUCGGACACAAUGACAAUCCAAAGCGAGCAGAUAAAGCUGGAAUCUUGGAGUGGAAAUGGAUGCGGAUUCCACGGAUUUCAAUUGAGGUCUGGGAGCAAGUUUCAAGGGCAGUGAUUCAUGGCGUGCAAUUUGCGAUUUCUUAUACGAUGAUGGUGAUGUGGAUGUAUAGUAACGUAUAUAUCAUAAUCUGCAUCCUACUGGGUGCAAUGACGGGAUUCGGAAUGUUCACGCGUGAUGUGCUGGAGGUGUCUGGUUAUAAACAUCUAGAAGAGGGUGAGAAUGACGGGAGAGGAGAGAGUUGUUGUUAG